AUGACCGGGGAGAAGAUCCGCUCCCUGCGGAGGGACCCGAAGCCCAGCAAGCGGGAGGGCGGCCUGCUGGACACCGGGGGGGGCCACGACGACGACGACGACGACGACGACGAGGCCGCCGCCGCCGCCGCCGCCCCCAAGGCCGCAAAAGCCUGCCACAGGAUCUUCAGCCACCAUCACCACAACCACCACCACCACCACCACCACCACCAUCCCCACCCCCGGAACCAGCCGACGCCGGCGGCCGUCGGGGCGGCCCCGGGCCCGCCGCCCCCCGCCGGCCCCGGGCAAUGGCCCGGACACUUCCCGGUGCACGAGUCCGUGUUCAAGGGGGACGUGAGGAGGCUGUCGUCCCUCAUCCGCACCCACAGCAUCGCCCAGAAGGACAGCCACGGAAACACUCCUUUACAUCUUGCUGUAAUGUUGGGAAGUAAAGAAUGUGCCCAUUUGCUUUUGGCUCAUAAUGCUCCAGUUAAGGUGAAAAAUGCUCAGGGAUGGAGCCCUCUGGCAGAAGCUAUCAGUUAUGGAGACAGACAGAUGAUUACAGCACUGCUAAGGAAACUUAAGCAGCAAUCCAGGGAAAGUGUUGAAGAAAAGCGACCUCGAUUAUUAAAAGCCCUAAAAGAGCUAGGUGACUUUUAUCUAGAACUUCACUGGGAUUUUCAAAGCUGGGUGCCUUUACUUUCCCGAAUUCUGCCUUCGGAUGCGUGUAAAAUAUACAAGCAAGGUAUAAAUAUCAGGCUUGACACAACUCUCAUAGAUUUUACCGACAUGAAGUGCCAACGAGGGGACUUAAGCUUCAUUUUCAAUGGGGAUGCUGCACCCUCUGAAUCUUUUGUAGUGUUAGACAACGAACAAAAAGUUUACCAGCGAAUUCAUCACGAGGAAUCAGAGAUGGAAACAGAGGAAGAGGUUGACAUUUUGAUGAGCAGUGAUAUUUAUUCAGCAACUUUAUCAACCAAAUCAAUUACUUUCACACGUGCCCAAACAGGAUGGCUUUUCCGGGAAGACAAAACAGAAAGAGUAGGAAACUUUUUGGCGGACUUUUACCUGGUAAAUGGACUCGUUUUAGAAUCAAGGAAAAGAAGAGAACAUCUCAGUGAAGAAGAUAUUCUUCGAAAUAAGGCCAUCAUGGAGAGUUUGAGUAAAGGUGGAAACUUAAUGGAACAGAAUUUUGAGCCUGUCCGACGGCAGUCUCUUACUCCACCUCCACCGAACACAAUUACUUGGGAAGAAUAUAUAUCUGCUGAAAAUGGAAAAGCACCUCAUCUGGGUAGAGAGCUGGUUUGCAAAGAAAGUAAGAAAACGUUCAAAGCUACAAUAGCCAUGAGCCAGGAAUUUCCUUUAGGAAUUGAGUCAUUAUUGAAUGUUUUGGAAGUAAUUGCACCCUUCAAGCACUUUAACAAGCUUAGAGAAUUUGUUCAGAUGAAACUUCCACCAGGCUUUCCAGUAAAGCUAGAUAUCCCCGUGUUUCCUACCAUCACAGCAACCGUGACGUUUCAGGAGUUCCGCUACGAUGAGUUCGACGAGUCCAUCUUCACAAUUCCCGAUGACUACAAGGAGGACCCCAGCCGCUUCCCUGACCUCUGACCCACCAGGAGCAGCAGCAGCAGCAGCAGCAGCGCCGGCUGAGCGCCGGGCAAACCAGGGGGCCCAGGGGGCCCGGCCUGCGGGGCCAAACCCAAGGGACGAGUCCUGUCCGUGGAGAGAAGGAAGGGAUGUGGCCGCGGACCCGGCCCGGCGGUGGAGCUCCGGGUGGCUCGGGCAGGCACCUCCCACCGGCCUCGCAGCAGGUCUCCCGAUGUGCCAUUUUCAACCUUUUUUAUAAUACACAGUGUAGGCUCAGUAGAUUGACACCGCCGUCAUCCUAAAGGAGUUCUUAUGUAAAGCAGCAGCAAGCGCUGUGAUUUGUUUUUAAAAGUUUUUACUUCUUGGGGAGAUCUAUAUAUAUAUAUAUAAAUAAAUAAUAAUAAAAAAAAAUAUAUAUAUAUAUUAAAGAAAACACACUCCUGGACCAGUACCGUAAAAAUGAAAAUGUCUUAGUUGAUAGAAAGCCCUUUUAAAUCCGUCCCCUUAUAUUCAAGGCGACACUUAUAAAUAUCCCUUCAAGCUUUUCUUUUCAUAAAUUGUAAACUAUGUAACAUUAUGUAUAGUUCAGUACUUUGAAUGUUAGUUGAACAUAAUGAUCUAGAAGGAAUGCGUUUUCUGUAGACGAAUGAAUCAAACGGUAAUCAUUAAACGAUUGCAUUUUCACAUGGCAGUGCAUUUCAGAACUGGCAUUCACUCUGCAGGGAAUCGGGUAGCUACUCUAACACCUUAGGGCAGCUCAUCAUGGUGCUAUUCCUGUGUUUAUUGGAAUUGUUUGUUUCUGCAGAGGGGAAAGUUGUUCCUGACCGUUCUGUCCGUGAAGCACCAACUUUCCUGUUUCCCAUUGGCUUCCUGUUCCAUGAGUCCUUGUGGUAUCUAUCCAUUGGCAGGCUUUUAAAAAACGCUCGUCCGACAGUUGCAGCCCUCGAUCUUUAUUCUAAUAAUUUCCGCUUGUCAUCUGCGGCCUUGCAGCUGCACAUAAAUCUAGUUUUCUUUGUAUGUGGGCCCAAUGGGACGUGAAUCAGUUUACUCAACGGUUAUGCGCUGUAGUUCCAGAAAAAUUGCCCACAUUCAAAACCUCCUCUCCCUUUGGAUAAAAUUGUUCCUAGAUAAAUGUGAGAGGCUGCCCAAAUUUCUAUAUCAACGAUGUUAGAGAAAACCCGGGAACAAACCAUUUUUCCUUGUUUCCAAGGAAUGCAUUUGCCGAGCGCGUUUGAAAUCUUGCCUGUUUUUUCCAAGAUGGUCCAAGGCCCAAGAUGGCCAGUAAAUUAGUGAGGAUGCCCAGUGUCAGUCCAUAGUGCGUGGUAGGGGCUAGAAGGGGUCAGUCAGCUGCCCAAAAUGAGGUACUACUGUACCUUGAACGAACGGUGCCUUGUGCAGUGCCAUUCCCUCCCUCUGUUCCUCGACCUGAGCCUGACUAAACGCUGAAUUGAAAAUGACCACACUCCCUGCCGUACUGCUCACAAUCCAAAUGUUCAUUUUUGCUCUUCCAAACCCAUUCCCUUCCCCUCUCCCUCAAGACACCCCUCCCCUCUUCUUUCUCUCCUGUCCUCUCCCAUCAAACCGCACCCACUGCCUCAGUCUGAUGUAGACUCCCUCCGUCUCCGGCGCCACCCACCCCGCUCAGAUCCACGCCGACCUCCGUCGUUUUCAGUAUCGGAAGCAGCAGGAGAACGAGGGGCCCUAAGAAGAUUUUGAAGUCCUGAUGGGCGAUGGAAGGCGAGAUCUUGGACCCUCCCGGAGGAGGAAUCUUUGAGCCUGGGGAGCUGAUUCUUUCACUUUGGAUUAAGAAGCCUGUGGUGAAGAUUCGGUUGUAGAAGUAGACCCACCCCAAACACACUUGAUUUCAGAGCACUGUGAGGUAUUUCUAACUGUUAUCUGUCGGUUGUUGAGUGAGAGCAAUGGUUAAUUUCUUUUAGGUGCCCCAGGAUAAGGCGCAGACGUCCACCCGGCUACAGAAAUCACCUGCUGCUUUGAGGAGGUGAGAAACUGAGUUUGCGAAGGGCUCUAACAAGCCACCCCGGGAAUGGGUUUGUAGCAGCCCUCCAGGCUGCUGUUGGAGACCAGUGGGUCGGUCGUAUUUAUGGAACGCCUCGUGUUACCGAACACUGUACUAAGCGCUUGGGAGAGCUCUAUAUAGCAGAGUCGGUAAGGCCGUUCCCUACGUACAGAGAGCCUGGAGUCUUGCGGCACAACCUGACAGUCUUGACUUCUGGGUUUCUGCUCAUUUGUCCCAGAAGGCGCUCCUAAAAACCUGAGAGCUGCAGACUGAGACCUGUACAGUCAUUACCAGCCUUUCCCAGGGGCCCUUUUAUACCAAGUCCAGUAAAGACUUGAAGUUAAUGGGAUUUAAUCCCCUUCCCCGAGAGCAUUUUGAAACGUUUAGCAAGGGCCUUCUGGGAGGUUAAUUCUUUCCGAGCAGGUGAACGUUUUUGAAGAGACCGUGCCCGUUGCAUGGCAUGUGUGCUUACUACCUAAGCACUUAGUACUUGUAGUGAGUACUUAGUGCUUAAGCGCUUAGUACAGUGCUCUGCACACAGUUAGCGCUCAAUAAAUACGAUUGCGUGAAUGAAAGUGUGCAAACAGGCUGAAAGGGGAACUCGAAAAAGCUUGGCCUGCGUUUUUUAGCAGACUUUUAGCAAGCUUUUUUUAGCCAAGGGCAGUAUAUUUGGAGAAAGUCGAUGGGUUAGUGGAGUCCCAGAAACAAAUUGGUAGGCUGAGCCCUGUAGGAGGUCACUGUACUAAGCUCUGGGAGAGAAUUCAAAGCUGGGAAUUAGACCUAAUUCCUGUCCAAGAGUAAAGAAAAGAUUUAAUUUCUUUGGGGCCCUCUGUUUAUACCAAAGCGUUUGGAUAGGGACCAUCUCUAUAUGUUGCCAACUUGUACUUCCCAAGCGCUUAGUACAGUGCUCUGCACACAGU